AUGUCGAGCCGGACGUGCCCGCCUUGGUUGAAGAAGCUGAAGCGGAUUAUUGGACGGCGCCUCCGCUCGGGAAGUCUCAUCCCUGAGGCCGCGAGCCUACUCUGCGACGAGGUGCUCCCAUCGAUCCAAAGGCAUUCCCCGCCGCCGGCCGUUUCGGCAGCGGUGGACGUGUGGAGGGCCGACCGCCGCCCUUCCUGGGAGCUGGAGCAGUUCAUCGGGAAGUGUUACCGAUCGGGGGACCUCGGCCCCGAGGACGCACUCGAUCUAUUCGACGAAUUGCCUCCUCAAGCGAGGCCCGGCUCCGUUUAUGCCCUCACCCAGCUCCUCACCGUCGUCGCUCGCGCCUCGGUCUCCUCCACCCUGCGCGACGGCCCUGCUCUCGCCGUGUCCCUGUUCAACCGCAUGGUCAAGAAGGUGGCUCCAGACAUAGCUACCUACAACAUCCUCAUCAGUUGCUGCUGCGGUGCAGGAUGCUUGAAUCUCGGCUUCACCACAUUGGGCCAAAUCAUUAAGACGGGAUUGAGGCCACAAGCCAUGACCUUCACGCCCCUGCUCAGGACCCUCUGUGCUGAGAAGAGGACGAGUGAUGCGGUGAAUAUUGUGGUCAGGCGGAUGCCUGAGCUCGGCUGCACCCCCGAUGUCUUCUCCUACACCACACUACUCAAAGGGCUAUGUGCUGAGAAGAAAUGUGAAGAGGCUGUCGAGCUGAUCCACAUGAUGGCUGAAGAUGGAGACAACUGCCCACCUGAUGUGGUGUCCUAUAACACUGUAAUCGAUGGCUUCUUUAAAGAGGGUGAGAUACGGAAAGCUUACACCCUGUUUCAUGAAAUGCUUGAUCAUGGGAUCCCGCCAAAUGUUGUGACCUGCACUUCAAUCAUUGAUGGCCUAUGCAAGGUUAAAGCAAUGGACAAGGCUGAGGAGGUCCUUCGGCAGAUGAUUGACGAACAUAUUAUGCCUAAUUGUACUACAUAUAACAGUCUGAUCCAUGGAUACCUCUCUCUUGGACAGUGGAAAGAGGCAGUCAGAAUUCACAAAGAAAUGUCUAGAGAUGGGCAACGGCCAGAUGUUGUUACUUACAAUAUGCUGAUAGACUGUCUCUGUAAAUCUGGAUGGUGCGCAGAAGCUAGAGAUAUCUUUAAUUCUAUAAUUCAGAGCGGUGAAAAACCCAAUGUUUCCACCUAUAGAAGUCUGCUUCAUGGGUAUGCUACCGAAGGCAAUCUUGUUGAAAUGAACAAUGUCAAAGAUUUGAUGGUACAAAAUGGAAUGCGACUUGACCUUCAUGUCUUCAACAUACAGUUGUAUGCAUACUGUAAAUGUGGAAGGCUAGAUGAUGCAAUCCUUACAUUUAACAAAAUGCAGCAGCUCGGAUUGAUGCCAGACAUAAUGAUUCAUGAUGGAUUGUCUGCCAAUAUCAUAACAUUUAGAAUCCUAAUUCAUGGUUUUUCUAUGUACGGCAAAUGGGAGAAGGCUGAGGAACUAUUUUAUGAGAUGAUGGAUAGAGGCAUUCCUCCUGAUGUCAAUGUGUUCAAUGCAAUGAUAGACAAGCUAUUCAAAGAAGGAAAGGUUACAGAGGCCCAAAAACUCUUUGAUUUGAUGCCCCUUGCAGGUGUGAAACCUGAUAUUGUUACCUAUAGUACAAUGAUUCAUGGGUAUUUCUUAGCUGGUGAAGUGGACGAAGUGAUGAAGCUCCUUGAUGAUAUGCUCUCGAUUGGCUUGAAACCCACUGCUGUUACCUUUAAUACUUUACUUGAUGGCAUGGUCUCUAUGGGAUUGAAACCUGAUGUUGUUACCUGUAAGACUUUGUUUGAUAGCUGCUGUGAAGACGGUAGGAUAGAGGAUGUAUUAACUAUGUUCAGAGAAAUGUUGAGCAAGGCAGAUAAGACUGAUACUAUAACGGAAAAUAUAAUUUCGUGA